AUGCUCGGUAGAGGGCUGCCAGACUAUGCAAAGCUGUCGGGAGUGCCAUUGCCCAAACCUCUGCCCAACUUCGACUACACCAAGGCCAAGCCUCGCCCAUACCGCCCCUUCCGAUGGGAGUACCACCAGACCAUGUCGCUGAAGAGCCUCGACCCUGACUUCUGGCUCGAGAUCGAGUCAACCUACCGCGAGCGCAUGACCCAGCGCAUCCAACUGUUUGCUAAGCAUGGCCGCCGUAUUGUCGACUACAUGCCCGGCAGCGAGGACGCCUGCAAGGAGCUGAUGGAGAUGGCCAUCCAGUUUCUCUGCGCGCGCUACCCGCGGCAAUUCCGCUACGACGCGUGGACGGGUGUGUUCUACAACGACAUCCUGAGCUCUCAGUCGGACACGCGGAAGCUUCACCCGCUGGUUGUCCUACUGCAGAACGUCCCGGAGGAUUUUCUCAUCACGCUGGAGGACAAGGAAACUGGACUGUAUGUCAUGAGGGCUGGUGUCAGCUGCUCGGCUGUCGGUUGGAACAUGUCGGAGAAGAUUGGCAGACCAUUGCACCAGAUCCACGGGCCUGUUCCGGACUACAAAGAAAAGAUGGCCUUCUCGAUGGACAGGUAUGCACGCACCUUUUCAUAUUUCACACAAACCCUCCAGUUGACCCCAUGUGACAGAUACUUCUCGAAGAUGCCAAACAGUAAACCAAUCCAGCGAGGCUCCUGGGGCUUCGAAGUCGGAGAGCCGCUCUUCCUUCAGACAGACGAGCCUGAAUGGGGAGUACGCCAAAAACAGGACCCUGACGUUGCUAUAUCAGACUUGUACAUGCGUGUCGACUGGCAGACCCUCCGCCGGCUGCCUCGAUCCCGAGCGAUCGUCUUCAACUUCAAGGCCCUGUUCACGCCCUUAACCGACUUUAGAGAUGAGCCGUACAUCCCGAAGCUGGUGCUGAAGGUUCUCAAGGAGGGAAAGAAGUCAAUCAUGGAGUACAAAGGUACAUGGCAUGUCGAGCACAAAGUAAUACCUGCCCUGGAACAGUGGUCCAAAGAGCAGGAAGACAAGGGCAUGGUUCCGAAGGACUGGAAGGUGAGAACUUUAGACGAAGAUCCGUUCUAUCCAGGUUGGCAAGAAAGAUGGAAUCAGGCAUAA